AUGGGUUCUAAUAUUUUUCAUCACCCGAACGGCUGGGUCGGCACAGCGCCUUGGUGGAAGGGCGCUGUCUUCUAUCAAGUUUAUCCGGCAAGCUUCAAAGAUUCCAAUGACGACGGGUGGGGGGACAUCCCUGGCCUGAUCUCGAAAAUCGACUAUCUCCACCAACUUGGUGUUGACGUCGUCUGGUUGUCGCCAAUGUUUGAGAGCCCCCAAAAAGACAUGGGAUACGAUAUAUCAGACUACCAGGCGGUUUACCCACGAUACGGGACCCUCGAAGACGUCGAUCGGCUCAUUGAAGCCUGCCACAGCCGCGGUAUGAAGCUCAUCCUCGACCUCGUGGUGAACCACACGUCAGACCAGCACCCGUGGUUCAGGGAGUCCCGGUCAUCCAAAACCAACCCCAAACGUGACUGGUACUUCUGGAAGCCAGCCAGGUACGACAGCGCCGGUAACCGCCACCCGCCGACCAACUGGCGCGGGUAUUUCGCCGGCUCAACCUGGACCUGGGAUGAGCAAACGCAGGAAUAUUACCUGAACCUCUACGGCCCUUUCCAGCCCGAUCUCAACUGGGAGAAUGCCGACUGUCGUGCGGCCAUCUAUGAGGAAGCCAUGCGUUUCUGGUUGGAUCGGGGGAUUGACGGGUUCCGCAUCGACACGGUGAAUAAAUAUUCCAAGCGCAUCGACUUCCCAGACGCGCCCGUGACCUGCCCGGACGUGCCGCAUCAGCCAGCGCCUGAGAUGUGGUGCAACGGACCGCGAAUCCAUGAGUUUAUCCAUGAGAUGCAGACGCAGGUUCUUGGGCCAUACAAAGCUGUCUCCGUCGGCGAGCUUUCCAACACGCCCCUACCGGGACAGGUACUGCCAUACGUAUCGGCCGCGGCGCGAGAGCUGGACAUGGUGUUCGAGUUCAGCAUGAUCCGCUUGGGAACCGGCAACUUGUUUCACGGCAAGUACAUCUACCAGCCAUUCCCGUUGUCGGUCCUCAAGCGCCACGUCGCGACGUGGCAGACCUUCAUCGAGGGAACCGACGGCUGGCACACUGUUUUCUGUGAGAACCACGACAAUGGGCGGGCUGUGUCGCGGUUUGGGGAUGACAGCACACCGAAGUUGUGGGAGGCUAGUGCCAAGGUGAUCGCGUUGUGGCAAGUCACGUUGACGGGUACGCUGUUCUUGUAUCAGGGUCAAGAAAUCGGCAUGAGAAACAUGCCUGCCGACUGGGGCAUCGAGGAGUACAAGGAUGUGGAAAGCUUAGGUUUCUACAACGAAGCAGUCGAGUCCGGUGAUGGCAAGCGUAUUCAGGACACGCUCCAUGGUUUGCGGAUAUUAGCCAGGGACCAUUCGAGGGUACCGUUCCAGUGGGACGACUCCCCUAACGCCGGAUUCACGGGCGCCGGCGUCACGCCUUGGAUGAAGGUGCAUGAUCAGUAUCGCGAGUUGAACGUUGCCAACCAGCUCAAAGACUCCGAAUCUGUUUUAGGCUUUUAUCGAAAGGCAUUGAGCCUUCGCAAGGAGCAUGCGGACAUCUUCAUCCACGGGGCCUUUCGGCUUCUGGCCCCCGAGGAGGAGAGUCUCUUCAUGUAUGUCAAGGAAAGUGACUCGGAAGUCAACAUUGGCGGCGGAGGCGCAAAGAGAAAGGCUGUAGUAGUGAUGAACUUCACUAGCCAUGCCCAGCAAUACCCCGACGUCAGUGUCGUGCUGGGGUGUCGCGCGGGGGAGGAGCACUUGCUUGUGAGCACUGUCAGGUCUGGACAGUCGGCGCUGGCGAGCAACGAGCUGAGACCCUGGGAAGGAAGAGUGUAUCUCAACUUCAAGCCGUGA